GAUCAAGAGAUCGUCUCCAAGCUCUCGACGAACGCAUCAAACAUUGGUAGAUAAUUUCCUCGGUAUCUCGCCAUGGACCAGAACCAGCCAGCAGGGGAAAAUUAUGCCAACCCAAAGACAUGCUUCUUUCAUGUGCUCUUCAAGGCUGCGGCUUUGGCAUUCUACAUUCUUUCAGCAUUGUUCUUUGACAGUUUUGUGAUCAUUUUUGUGGUUACUGUUGUUCUUGCUGCCCUUGAUUUUUGGGUAGUCAAGAAUGUUAGUGGAAGGAUCUUAGUUGGGCUUAGGUGGUGGAAUGAAAUAAAUGAGCAGGGUGAGAGUGUGUGGAAGUUCGAAUGCCUUGACCAAGAGUCAUUGGCUCGGAUGAACAAGAAGGAUUCUUGGCUCUUUUGGUGGACAAUUUACCUUAAUGCUGUUGCCUGGAUCUUCCUAGGAAUAUUUUCAAUCAUAAGAUUUGAACCUGACUAUGUCCUAGUUGUGGGCGUUUGUUUGAGCCUCAGCAUUGCAAACAUUGUUGGAUUCACUAAAUGUCGCAAAGAUGCCAAGAAGCAGAUUCAACAAUUUGCCACCCAAACCAUUGCAUCUCGUUUCUCAUCAACAUUGCAAUCAGCAUUCAGUGUUGUAUAAGGUUCCCUGAACGGGAGAAGAAUCACUCAUACUAGGAAAGACAUGAACCCCAUCUUGGUCAUGGCUUAUUACCGGCUGAUACCUUUAUGAUUUUUUUUUUUUUUUUUCGGUCUCCCCACUGGCUUUAUCAGGAAUAUAUGCCACUCUGCCUUUUUUUUCUGUUUUUUUUUUACUUCUUCUCUUUAGCCAAAUAUUGGAGGUCAAUUUUGUGUUGUGUUGUUUUGUACUAUACAAAGAGAUGGAAAGAAUGACUGAGAAUGCUUUUAAUGUUUUUUCUUUUCUGGAAUUGAACUCGUUCAUUUCUUGUUUAAUAUACUUCAGUGUAUCUGAUUAUUCAUUGAUUUAAAGUGAGAACCAACUUCAGCUGGUUUUACUGCA